AUGUCUUCCCAACCGCCUCACCCGACGCUCCUCAUCCCGGGGCCCAUCGAGUUCGAUGAUGCCGUCCUCCAGGCCAUGAGCCACUACAGUGAGAGCCACGUCGGCCCCGGUUUCGUGAACACCUUUGGCGAGGCCCUGUCGAUGCUGCGCCAGCUCUUCCAGACCAAGGACCCGCAGGCGCAACCGUUUGUCAUCUCCGGCUCCGGCACCCUCGGCUGGGACCUCGUCGCCGCCAACCUCGUCGAGGCCGGCGAGGACGUCCUCGUCCUGGCCACCGGCUACUUCAGCCACGGCUUCACCGACUGCUUCAAGACCUACGGCGGCAACGUCACCGAGCUGAGGGCCCCCGUCGGCGAGCGCCCCCAGCUCCCCGAGAUCGAGAAGGCCCUGUCCGAGAAGAAGUACAAGGUCCUGACCGUCACCCACGUCGACACCUCAACCGCCGUCCUGAGCGAGCUCAAGGAGCUGACCGCCCUCGUCAAGCGGGUGUCCCCCGAGACCCUGGUCAUCGUCGACGGCGUCUGCAGUGUCGGUGUUGAGGAGAUCCGGUUUGACGAGUGGAAGCUCGACGGUGUCAUCACGGCCAGCCAGAAGGCCAUUGGCGUCCCCGCCGGCCUGUCGAUAUCCAUGUUCAGCGGCGCCGCCAUGAAGUCGUUUGCCCAGCGCAAGACGCCCCCUGCGUCGUACUUUGCGUCGUUCAAGAACUGGACCCCCAGUGAGUGA